CCCCACAUGAAGAGGGGAAAACCCUCUAGGUUUUUUUUUUUCCCGUGACUUUUUCCCAAUUAUCUGUUCGUUCUGCUGGCUCAAACUGAACGCAAAUUUGUGUUCUGGGUGAAUUACAAGAGACAGAUAAAGACUCCUGAAAGUAUGUUGCAUUCAAGAGCGUUCUUACUGUUGGAAAGAGAGUUUAUGGACUUCAAACAAGCAAAUAUAUUUGGUAUUUCUAUUUUGCCUAUGGAAGACAAUUGGAUGGAAUGGAUAGCUGAAAUUGAAGGGCUGAAGGAUACCUUAUGGGAAGGUGCUGAACUUCAGCUAUCACUGAAAUAUCCUGAAGACUACAACACCAUCCCUCCAACCAUCACAUUCACCACUAUUCCUUUCCAUCCCAAUGUGGACCCAGAAUCUGGUAGACCUUGUGUGGAUUUUCUAGAUAACUGUAACGAAUGGAACACUAACUUCACAAUGGCUAAUAUUCUACUUAGUAUCCAGGUUUUGCUGUCUAAUCCUGUUCUGGAUAAUGCAGUGAACCUGGAGGCGGCUGAAAUGCUGAAAAGCAAUUAUCCCCUAUAUAGAGAAAAAGUUAUACAGUGUGUCACAAAUAGCAAGCAACUAGAAGGUACAAAUAACCAAGAAUUCCGCCAUUUUGUACUUCUAGCCCAAGUGAAGGAAGUUGGAAUGAUAAAAUCCGUAUCAUAUGAAGAAUAUUUUGUAACAUGGUUUAAAAUUGCCACAUCAAGACCUGCCGAAGAUUUUAAACACCCAGUGUUUGACGAUCCAGAGUACAUAGGAAACCGUUACAACUGGAUGGCAGAGAAUGUGAGCAAAGGCUACUGGGAUGAAAAUUUACAUCAAGCUUUUAUCUCUGAUUACAUUGAAAAACAGAAGAAACAUCUAAUGUUAGAAAACUGGACAGGCAAAGACAUUAUCCCAAGCCCAACUCCAGCAUCUGGAUCUCAAAAAACAUCUUCCAUGGGAUCUAAGACGAAAUACCAAAGCAAAGAUGAAGAUCACUGGGAGAAGGAAGUAGAAGGGCUUGUAACGUGGUCCUCAACUCUUGAUCAAGAAAAAUUAGAUUAAAUGACAGGCAUCACAUUUAUUACUCUUUUUAAAAAGUACUUAUUUGCUGAUAUUCAGACAUUGGCUGGGAGAACCACUAUGCAGUUCAGUUGAAAUCUGACUAUAAGAUGUUGCCGUGUUUGCAUUAAGUAGUGCCUUUGACU